AUGUUGCACGGGAAAAAAAGAUAGGCAAAGUAGGAAUUAAGCGAAGAAUAGAAAAAGGAAAUUGAGGUAAAACUUAAAAAAAUCUUGACAAUCAAUCAAACUCUAUUGAAGAAAAGAGCCAAUAAAGAUUUCGAUAGAGCUAGUCUUGAGUAAACUGAGAAAUUUUCAUCACUCUCUCCUGAUUUUCAGACUCUUUGGAACUAUAGAAGAGAGAUCAUUGAGCAUAUCUUUAAUACAGAAUACAAGGAGAUGACUCCUGAAAACCUAAAAGCUAAAUAUGAAUUCGUAUUUAAAGAGUUAGAGUUUCUAGUUAAAAGUAUUAUGAGAAGUCCAAAAUCUUAUACCUUGUGGUUUCAUAGAUAGUGGAUUAUUCAGAAAGGUCUUGAGGUGGAGCAGACACAAGUAGCAUAAUAGAUUCAGUAGAGCUUAGAGAAAAAAGAUGACGAGGAAAAUAAAGAGCCUUAAAUGUAAUUACAAGAAGAAAGAAGAGCUGAAUUGCUAAAGUAACUGAGUGUCUCAAAGGUUCUAGAAUUUGAACUUAAACUUUGUGAUAAGAUGCUUGGAAUGGAUGAAAGAAACUUUCAUUGUUGGAAUUACAGACUAUUAAUCUCACUGCAAUACCUCUAGGAAAAAGAAUCAAGACUUUCAUAAUUUGAUGAGGAAGCCAGAUUGAAAAUUAAGAAUCAAUUUUUAGAAAAGGAAUGCUAAAUGGCAGAGACUUUGAUUAAGAAAAACUUCUCAAAUUUCUCAGCUUGGCAUUACAGAUCUAAAUUGAUGCCAAUAAUGUAUAAAACUGUUAAUACUGACUAUUUGAUUCCAUUUGACAAAAUCUAAGAUGACUUAGCAUUGCUUAAGCAUGCAUUUUUUACUGAUCCUAAAGAUUAGAGUCCUUGGAACUAUCAUGAAUGGCUGAUAUCUUUGAUAUCACCUGUUUAGAUCGCAAGUUUAACUCUUGAGAAAUCUGAAAAUGGCCAUGAUCUUAUUGUGUUGGGUCUAUCUUAGAAAGUGAAGAAUUUUAAUUCCUUGAAUAUAUCUCUAUUGAAUGAUGUUGGAAAAUAAGUAGAUUAAUAUCCAAACGUUGUAGCAAAACCUCAUAACACCCAGAGAGAUAUUUCUAGUGUUUGGUCAAUAGAACUACCAGAAAAUAUUCCAUCAUAUUUCAGUCUGUAAAUUCAUUAAACAGAAGAAUCUAGUUUAAAACAUAUUGAGGAUACUCGAUUGCUUUUCAGGGAUUUCUUUGUUCAUAUUAACCUUGAGAAUAAGAAAUUCGAGUUACCUUCUAGUGAGAUUUGGAUUAGGGAUAAUUCAUUAAUUGAUAACUUGACCAAGAUAUUGAAUGCUGAUAUUGAAAAUAUAAAAGAAUUAACAGACUUUGAAAAAGGACUAAGAUUUGCUGUCUAAAGAUUAAAGGAUCUUGUUAUGCUCAAGCAUGAAUUUCUUGCUAAUCCUUUUUAUCUUACUGAUGGAUCAUAGCUAGACUCUAUCAAUAAUAUUGAAAGCUACUUGGAGGAGUUAACUAGUAACUUAAUCAAGAUUGAUUUGUAGUCUCACUAAGCUCUACACAAUAAAACUCUCAAAUCUUGGUCAUAUGUCAAAUUUAAAUGGGAAAAAGUCUAUGAAAGUGGCAGUUUAGAAUGGCCAAUACUCAAAGAUAGAAGUGAAAUUGCUGAUCGUCAUUUGGGUUACUUCUCUUGCUGA